GGUAGCGCAUGGGCAGCCAGUGGGGAAUUAUCCCACAUCGCAUCACAUGCCUUACAUUGCGUCCUUAUAUUAACGAAACUUUUUGCAUUUGAUCAUAUUUUGUGAAUUAACAAUAGCCUAACAGUCAUUUUCGAAUUCUGGUAACCUUGGCAAUCAGGUCGCAUUAGAUGUGUAUUUUUAUAGCCCUCUGUUGCAAGAUCGUGGAAACGAUAUGGGUUUCGGCUCCCAUGAAUCUUGGCCAAUUCCUGCAAAUAUUGCCACCGGCGCAGUGUAUUUACAUCCUUAACGUUUUCGGCAUGUAGGAUGGUAUGAGGGAACGACCUGGCAAGCCAAUGGGAAGAUAUGCAUAUUUUAACACACGCUUGUCGAGAUGAAAGAAAAGAUGGGACACCUGAAAAGGGGCUGAAAUACAGAACUGUCAGCCGCGAGCUGCCCGGAGACAUCAAUGAGAUGACCUGGGAACUCAAAAUCAGACCAAAUUCACUAGACGACUAAGGACCUUAUUCCAACUGUGUGCAGCAACACUUCAUUCAAACGCUACUUCACCGAGAAGGGCAAUCUCAUUGCUGAGCCAAUGUAGAAACUGCACCUUCAGGAUUGCAUGACUUCUUUCCUUGCCUGGAUUUCAGCACACAGUCAGAUCUACCAGGACAGAGUAUGCCAUCUGCAUCUUUCCACAGAAUUCUACGACCAUUUCUACUUGGCACCUUUCUACUGGGCUGUUUUGUGACUCUGGUUUUGAUGUACUUCAAACCGUCAACUAGCUGGCUAUCAGGUCCUGUAGAGUCAACCGCAUCCACUAUCCAAGUUAAAAAUCUCUUCUCUACCAAGGGUGACAAAAACCUUACCACUGUACUUGUCUGGCUCUGGCCCUUUGGACAGACCUAUGACCUGGGUGUCUGCAGCUCUCUGUUCAACAUCGAGGGCUGUUUCAUCACAGCAGAUCGGAACCUAUAUAAUAAGUCAGAUGGGGUCGUCAUACAUCACAGGGAUAUCUGUACUGAUCUCUCGAACCUGCCCCCCCUUCAGCGUCCCUCCUUCCAAAAGUGGAUAUGGAUGAACCUAGAGUCACCAUCCCACUCCUCUCAGCUGCCCGGUAUUGAAAACUUGUUCAAUUUAACUUUGAACUAUCGUCAGGAUGCUGAUAUCGAAGUGCCUUAUGGGUCGAUUGUGACGGCCCAAGGGGACGAGGAUUUCGUGCCACCGAGCAAAAGCAAGUUGAUCUGCUGGAUUGUCAGCAACUGGAACCAGGAUCACGUGCGAGUGAAGUACUACAAUGAGCUCUAUAAACAUAUUGAGGUUCACGCUUAUGGACAAGCCUUUGGAGAGUACAUUGCAGAUCAAGAAUACUUUCCUACCAUCGCCAGUUGUAAAUUCUACUUGGCGUUUGAGAACUCAAUUCACAAAGACUACAUCACAGAGAAACUGUAUAACCCACUCUCUGUAGGGACGGUGCCUGUGGUUUUAGGUCCACCAAGACAGAACUACGAGAACUUUGUCCAGGGGGAAGCCUUUAUCCAUGUGGAUGACUUCACCUCACCCAAAGAGCUGGCUGAUUAUCUCCUGCUCUUGGACAGGAAUGAGGAAAUGUAUCUCAGAUACUUUGAGUGGCGACGGCACUUUAAAGUGAAAAAGGCAUACUUCUGGGCCGAACACACAUGCCUCGCUUGUGAUCAUCUCAAAAGGCACAAGGAGUACAAGGCAUUCAAUAACCUUGAUAAAUGGUUUUGGGGUGGAAUGCCUUGAAGGGCCAUGAAAUUGUUGUUUUGCAGUUGGAGGCAUUGCUUUAAAAUAUACUCAGUCAUGAUGUAUUUGACAUUGUCAUUGACAAUGUUCCAACAUGUUUUUCUCACUGGUUAUAGGGGCCCAAAUAAGCCAUUCUCUUUUUUAUUUUGAUGCCAGACGGAUUUGCUCAGCCUUAAUUUGUCUCUUGCAUUUCAAUUCAAUCAUGAUUUAUGUUGUCAUUUGCAAUGCGUUUAAUAUUUGUUUCAUAAAAUCUCACUUUUAUACAUGACCAAAAGUAUGUGGACAUGCUCGUCGAACAUCUCAUUCCAAAAUCAUGGGCAUUAAUAUGGAGUUGGUCCCCCCUUUUGCUGCUAUAACAGCCUCCACUCUUCUGGGAAGGCUUUCCACUAGAUGUUGGAAUGUUGCUGCAGGGACUUUCUUCCAUUCAGCCACAAGAGCAUUAGUGAGGUCGGGCACUGAUGUAGGGCAUUUAGGCCUGGAUCGCAGUCUGCAUUCCAAUUCAUCCCAAAGAUGUUCGAUGGGGUUGAGGUCAGAGCUCUGUGCAGGCCAGUCAAGUUCUUCCACAACGAUUUCGACAAACCAUUUCUGUAUGGACCUCACUUAGUGCACAGGGGCAUUGUCAUGCUGAAACAGAAAAGGGCCUUCUCCAAACUUUUGCUACAAAGUUGGAAACACAGAAUCAUCUAGAAUGUCAUUGUAUGCUGUAACUUAAGAUUUCCUUUCAUUGGAACUAAGGGGCCUAGCCCGAACCAUAAACAGCCUCAGACCAUUACUCCUCCUCCACCGAACUUUACAGUUGUCGCUACGCAUUCGGGCAGGUAGAGUUCUCCUGGCAUCUGCCAAACUGGCAUCUGCCAAACCCAGAUUUGGCCAUCGUGUUUCCACUGCUCUAGAGUCCAAUGGAGGUAAUAUUUACACCUCUCUGAUCUUAGGCUUGUGUGCGACUGCUCGGCCAUGUCAUGAAGCUCCCGACGAACAGUUCUUAAGCUGACGUUGCUUCCAGAGGCAGUUUGGAACUUGGUAGUGACUGCUGCAACCGAGGACAGACAAUUUUGUUACCCGCUACGCGCUUCAGCACUCUGUUUGUGUGGCUUACCACUUCGCCGCUGAGCCGUUGUUGCUCCUAGACGUUUCCACAUCCCUAAUAAAAACUAAAUACAGCACUUAAAGUUGACUGGUGCAGCUCUAGCAGGGCAGAAACUCGACAAACUGAUUUGUUGGAAAGGUGGCAUCCUAUGACAGUGCAACGGUGAAUGUCACUGAGCUCGUCAGUAAGGACAUUCUACUGUCAAUAUUUGUAUAUGGAGAUUACAUGGCUGUGUACUCGCUUUUAUACACCUGUCAGCAACGAAUAUGGCUGAAAUAGCAGAAUCCAUUCAUUUGAAGGGCUGUCCACAUACUUUUGUGUAUAUAGGUGUUUAAUCUCUGAAUGUGACCGCAUUUGCUGCUAUUUGUUUUUUUCAUGAUGUACUGUAACUGUUUUGCUAUGUGGGAAUCGGGCUGGCAUUACAUUUUCAUAUGGCAGUAUACAAUACAUUUUUGAAAUUGAAGAAAUAGUUGUCAUUUAAAAUAUGUACUAUUUAUUCAAUUGAGGCAUUUUAUGAUAGACUUUCAUAUGUAUUAGUGAUACAGUCAUCUAUGCAGUGUUUAUUGAACACAUGAAAGUAAUUCAAUUGUGUCAUUUACUGUAAAACUGGAAAUUUGUAUUGUUUGAAGGUAGCAUUUGCACUGCAAAACACACGGACACUCAUCUUUGAUCAUGUACAGUAAUACAGUGCAGAAAGAAGGAAAGGAAGAUAAAUAAAAAAUAGAUAACUAUUAUGUUAAUAGUGGUUUCUUAGUGAGCAUUAUCACAUUAAAUGCAUUGCAGUUCUAUCAUAUACUCCAUGAAUAUUUGACUUACAAUGCGAACAUUAUCCAAUUUAAUUUAGAAUGUUUUUGCUCUCAAAUAUUUACACCUAUUGUGGUACAAUGAUGAGAGCACACAUUUGACAUGAAUAAUGAAUCAUAUGCUUAUCUGUGUGGGCUUGUCUAUUGCCAUCUAGCCACAUUGUCUUAAAUAUUCACUUGUAUAUUUUUAACCUUUGAGCAAAUGUCAGUGCAUGAAAAAUAGGAUAACUAUUCAAGCUUGGAUCUGCCCACACAUCUGUGGUUUCAUUGUGAAAGAUUGAAAAUGCUAUUAACUUUCUUAGAUUUGUUUUUUAAAAUUUUUAUACCAAAGAUACCUCCAACCUUGAACUUAAACACCACAUAAUGACCUGAGGUAGUAUGUACAUUAUGUACACUACCGUUAAAAAGUUUGGGGUCACGUCGAAAUGUCCUUGUUUUUUAAAGUAAAUAAAAUAUUUGUCCAUUAAAAUAACAUCAAAUUGAUCAUAAAUGCAGUGUAUUGAGGUGUGCAGUGUAUUCUUUCAAAAACAAGGACAUUCUGAAGUGACCCCAAACUUUUGAACGAUAGUGUAUAUCAUAAUAGCUGUCAUUAUGUCAUGUUUGACUAUAUUAUGAUGCUGGUAUGAUGUAUAGUUCAAAUGCAGUGUACCACUUUCGUUGAAGGUUGAAUACACAAACCAUUCAGCAUACAUAAACGAUUCAUAAAAUGUUAAUGAAAUCGGCACCCUAAUGACCUUCAGAGUGCAUUCAUAUAGUCAUUAUUGAAUAGUAUGUCACAUGACAGGAUAAAUGUGAAAAUAAAAGUCACAUGAACAAAUA